AUGAUCGAAACGUACAGCCAACCUACUCCUCGUUCUGUGGCCACCGGACCAUCUGUUAGCAUGAAAAUUUUUAUGUAUUUACUUACUGUUUUUCUUAUCACCCAGAUGAUAGGGUCAGCGCUUUUUGCUGUAUAUCUUCAUAGAAGGUUGGACAAGAUAGAAGAUGAAAGGAAUCUUCAUGAGGAUUUUGUAUUCAUGAAAACGAUACAGAGAUGCAACAAAGGAGAAGGGUCCUUAUCCCUACUGAACUGUAAGGAAAUUAGAAGCCAGUUUGAAGGCUUCGUCAAGGAUAUAAUGCUAAACAAAGAGGAGCCGAAGAAAGAAAUAAAUUUUGAAAUGCAAAAAGGUGAUCAGGAUCCUCAAAUUGCAGCACAUCUCAUAAGUGAGGCCAGUAGUAAAUCAGCAUCUGUUCUACAGUGGGCUAAAAAAGGAUAUUACACCAUGAGCAACACUUUGGUAACUCUUGAAAAUGGGAAACAGCUGAAAGUGAAAAGACAAGGAUUCUAUUAUAUCUAUGCCCAAGUCACCUUCUGUUCCAAUCAGGAACCUUCAAGUCAAGCUCCAUUUAUAGCCAGCUUAUGCCUGAAGUCUGCUGGUGGAUCAGAACGAAUCCUACUCAGAGCAGCAAAUGCCCGCAGUUCCUCCAAAACUUGUGAGCAGCAAUCCAUCCACUUGGGAGGAGUAUUUGAAUUGCAAGCGGAUGCUUCAGUGUUUGUCAAUGUGACUGAUGCAAGCCAAGUGAACCACGGGACCGGUUUCACAUCAUUUGGCUUACUCAAACUCUGA